CUUUUAAUUUGGACUAUCCUUUCCCGAUCAAUAUCCGACUUAUUAAGAAGAGUGUCACAUAAAUUAGAAUGGAGAGGGAGUAUGUGUUUACAGAAUGACUUUAGCAACUUGAAAAUUGUGUACAUAUGGUGAUAAAUGGAAAUUAAACUUUUAGGGAGGAACGAUUUUCUGCAAAACAGUCAUACUUUUUAGUUUUUACCUUACCAUGAGCAAGUGUACGAUGGAUAAACAUGGAGUCAAAGUUUCAAGUCCUCUCGCCACAAUCGAAGACAUUCACAAACGCCUUACUCGUCCUCAGCAAUCUUCGUCCUCUGUCAUCGCAAUCGCACCUCAUCUAUCGAAUGUAGACACAUCGCCGUUACAGAAAUGGAGAAAACUUACUCGUCCUCAUCAGCAAUCUUCGUCCUCUGUUAUCGCAUCUCAUAUGUACGAAUUACAGCAUGAUAACUCAACGAAUGUGGAUACAUCUCCAUUACAGAAAAGGAGAAAAUCGAGAGCUGUUAAAGUGAGGUUAGAGGAUUACUUCGAUCUAUCUCUCCUCUCGGAAAUUCGCGCAAAAAUGAACAGUUCUCUGAAGAAACAAAGUAGAAUGAUGAAAUUGAAGAACGAAUUCGAGGAAUUUGUGUGGCCUGCAGGAGAUCAGCAUGAUUCGAAAGUGUUUUCAGAAAGUAGCAGAAGAACAGAUGAAGCAAUUGUUGAUCUCAAAAACGACGACGAUGAUUCGUUCAGCGACGGUGAGGAAAAUCAUCUGUGUUGCGUGGAUCCGUUUCAACGGUUCGAAUCAACGGCACUGAUGCGAUUCAAGAGAUGAUCAAACAAAGUGCGUUUGAGAGAAAGAUAAACGGCGCCAAAAAUUAUGUUACUUCUUUUUCGUUUGGACUGGUUAGACACUUGCAAAAUACACGCAAAAUAAAUGUCAAACAUUAGAUCACAAAUGUUAAAAAGAUAAACGGAUCAU